AGUCAGGAGGGGUGCAGCAUGAGACUUUGCCCAACACUUUCUUCUUACACUCAUGAAACAUUCUUACGCUCAUAUACAGCAACUUCUCGAAGAAGAAGACGAAAAUGAAGAGGGAAAUAAAGAUGUUAGUCAUGGCUUUUUUAAUCUUUCUCCUGAAUUCAGGCAACAUCAAAGGUGAGAUGGAGCUUCGCGCUUUUCCAACCCAGAAAACCAACUGCAAUGAGAGGACAGUCUUACAGUGCAACAUCAGCUCAUCUGUGCCUCUGAACAUUGAUCAAAUAUACUGGACCAAACAUGGAGAAAACGAGUUUAAAUGCGACCCCAAAUCCAGCAAGAGCCCUCCAGGAUAUGAAUGCAGCUACACAAGGGAAGCACUAACAUUAACCAUCCUGCAUUCUACACCAGCGCAAAUGGGGCAAUAUUUUUGCUGUGUAAUGGCAGACUCCUCACACGGAUUUAAGGAAAUCAACGUGUCAGUAGAGCAUUGCACUGGAGACUUCUCCUACGAGAUGCCUGGACCUCAGCAACUGAAGUGUAGCUUUACAGGUCUGUACCCAGAGGGCACAAUACACUGGUUUCAACAUGACAGGAAUGUGACUUCCAUCGCUACACUCUCAAUCCUGAAAAACCCAGAUGGAACCUUCAACAUCACAAGUGUUAUAGACCAACAAGAUGAUCACGACAGAUAUAUGUGCUCAUUGUGGUCACUAAAACAGGGACGAUACCUUAAAAAACAAGAGUUCAAAGUGCCCGUUGAUGCUCAAAAGGCUCGUUUAAACAGGAUCAGCUCACAACACUGUUUCUCAUGGACUCUUCUGCUUCUGGGCCUCUUGUUUGUGUCUAUAAGAUCCAUAAGUCAACUGAACUCCUAUUAAAAUAUCACAAUACGUGAUAAGAGAACUUUUGGCAGGUUAAGUUAUAGGUUAAGCAGGUUAAGGAUACGUUUUUAAUGAAUAGCCAAAUCCAGGGGUGUCCAAACGCGAUCAUGGAGGGCCGGUGUUCUGCAUAUUUUAGUUCCAACCCAAUUAAACACACCUGAACCAGCUAAUCGAGCUCUUAGGAAUACUAGAAACUUCCAGGCAGGUGUGUUGAAGCAAGUUGGAGCUAAACUGUGCAAUAAACGUUCUUCACCGGACUCAAGUCCAUCAGUACCUGGUGAGCUACUGGGCAAACUAAUAACACUGGAUAAGUCGCCCAUAUAAAGGUAAGCAGGCAAAAGCAACAGAAGCGGUCUGUGGCUUCAUAUUGCCCCAUAUUGUUCAUUUCCCACACAAAAUGCAGCCAUGCGUAGCCCCAGGUACAUAUUUGUGGUUUACCAGAAAUGUAGACCGAGGUAUGCAUCCACAAUGAGCCUGUGUUGGCCUAAUAAUACUAAUUCAUUCAAUCCCUUUAUUAAUCUGGGGUCACCACGGAGGAAUGAACCGCCAACUUAUCCAACAUAUACCACAUGUCUUUGGACUUGUGGGGGAAACCGGAGCACCCGGAGAAAAUACACGCAAACAUGGGGAGAACAUGCAAACUUCACACAGAAACGCCAACUGACCCAGCCGGGGCUCGAACCAGCGACCUUCUUGCUGUGAGGGGAUUGUGCUACCCACUGCGCCACCGUGCUGCCUUAAUAUUAAUUCAUCAAAUAGAAAAUCCCUAAUACUUUCAGGGGUAGAAUUUUUGCCUGCCAUGCAGGAUUUCUAACCUGAUCUCAGAGAAAAAGUUCCCUGCGGGCACAAGACAUCAACAUGACGUCAGUUUGACGUUGUACCCCAACGUCGUGGGGACCUUGGAUUUUGUUUGUAAAUGAAAAUCAGGUUGACGUCAGAACCCAAUGUCAGGCCGACAUCAAUGUCCAACCUAAAAUCAACCAAUUAUCAACAUCUAAUCAUGUGGACGUUACCACUGUGACAUCUUUCAGACGUAGGAUUUUCGUCGCUUUCCAACACAACCUAAAAUCAACCAAAUAUCAAUGUAAUUUGACAUCAAAAUAAUGUUGUUCUUAGACGCUGGCUAGACAUUGAAUUUUGGUCACAUGACGUCAUGACCUAAAUCUAACCUAAUAUUAAUGUCUUUUGAUGUUGUGUGCCUGCUGGGUUUAUACAGGGAUAGUUGUUUGAAAAUGUAUGACUUUUGGAUAAAAUCUAUAAUUUUAGUUUUGACAAAUUCACGCUGGACUGAAGGACACAGCAGAACUUGGACUGUUCACAAAUCAGCAAACACUUGUCUCAUACCUUCAAUCAGCAAAAACAAACUGAUAAAGAAUGCAGAUGGUCACCAAAUUACAAUAUAUCAGUUGUUAGACUUUCCAAGACCCAAAAAAAUACAGAUUAAGGCACAAUCCCAUUUCAAACCCUUAGCCCUUCCUUUUCCACUCCCUUUAACUUGUCUCGAUUCUCUCUUGGUUGGUGGCGUCGGGUUAAGGGAAAGUGCCAGACAGAUUUUUCAGACCCACCUUACAAUUACAAGUUACACAACAUGGCUGCCCAAACAAACAAGGAGAGUCACCAACGUAAAAAAUGGGCAUGAAUAAGAAUCACUACAUACAAUCAUAGUCUUGAUGUUCACAGAAACAUUUUGGGUUUUUUUAUAAUUAAAUGUUGCUAACGAGAGUCCCUUAUAGUAACACUGCAAAAUAUUCUACAACAUAUUUUAUAUUCUGAUACCUACAGUAGUGGCAGGGAAUAAGCUUUAAUAUUAUACCGGAGGUGCUGUAUAAUUGUUUUCAUGUGGUUACAUCCAUUGAUAUCAACAUAAAAUGUUGUGCUUGUUGCAACAUGAUCCACCAGUCAUAACAGAGACUGAAAAUGAACAGUUUCAAGUCCAAAUACAGCACAAAAUAACUGUGCGAGUGAGUUAUCUGUUAAGCAAUACUGUGUUUGUACUCUCUGGAUUGACAACCACAGACGACAUAUUGUGUGACAAGUGAGCUAGCGACAGAAUGUAUUCGUUAUUUCGUUUAAUGAUAAAGUGGAGACAAUAAACAUUACAUUUUUUUAAGAUAAAUGGAGAACAGAAAUUAUAAAACGACACUUUAACCCUUUAACUGUCCCACCGAGAAAAAAACAUUUUAGAUUUCAUUUCUUAACUUCUAAUGUUGCUAGUUAACACACUCAAUGCCCUUUCUUUCAACACAUAAUAAUUUGUAAAUUAUCAGCCUCUACCAAAUGGUUGAUAUGUCGCUUUUUGGUAAAAGUACCAGAAUGAAUACAUAUACUAUGCAGUGUUUCCUCUAGGACUUUUUCCAGCUGUGGCAGCAGGCCUUUUUUUGCGUAGAUCUACCAACUACCUAUGGCGUUAUUUCAUUAACAAAGGUCGUGAGCGCAGUAUUACAAAUCGAGAUCGCAACUAUCUUCGUCUUGAAGAACCUCACUACUGAUUGGUAUCGAAUUCCAGCAUUGUGACAACCCUAAUUAACAGUUGAGGUCAAGUUUAGGGGUAUGGAUUACAUGUUCGAACAGAAUUGAGGUAUCAGGAUCAACAUUGAUGUUAAUCUACAAUAGUUUCGCAUCCUACUUGGCAAAAUCACAUCCACCCUCUUCACACUCACUUCAAUGGUCAAAGGUAAGGUGUGGAUGUAGCGGUAGGCUUAUAAAAUAUAAUUAGGAUUAGGCCUAAACAUGUUCAUUCAAUAAAAACAGACACAUGGCCAAUGUAAACAGAUGAAAACAGUCAGCACACAUUAAUACACAUCACUUAACUUUCAGCAUGUUCAAAAACAAGCUUUAACAGAUGACACCAGUUACAAAAUUCCUGUACAUUACUCCUCAAUUCCUGCAAGUCCUGACAAUUGCUAGUUCAGUUUAUGUGUUCAGUUUAUUUAAUUCGUACUGAUCAGUUCCAGCAGGGUCACUGGCUGAUGAACAUGAGUGAACAAACAAGAGUGAAUAUGUGUGUAGGCCAAUGUGUCAGUGAAGAGCAACCUUGAUCCAGGUCUUCUCUUUUAUUAAACUGUGAGUGUUUUAUCUUUAAAAAUGAACUAAUUUGCUGGUAUAACAACAUUUUUUUUUCAAACAGCAUUUGAUGAAUUGCUCUUCAUGUUCUCAAAUUAUCCUGAAUGUAAAACAUGCAGACUAUAAAUGAUGACAAGCCACAAUACCUAAGGAAUAUGUUGUAUGCAUUCAUAUAGUUUCAAAGAUGUUGAUUGAAAUUAAGUAAAUAAACAACCAUGUCCACCUUAUACAUUACUUACCCAAGUACCCAACAUAGGCUCAUUCUGAAAGCGUAGCCCUAUAUACAUUUCUGGAGAUCGUGAAUUAUGUAGCCAGAAGUACGUAUGGUUGCAUUUAAUUCUUUAAAUGAACACUACAGGGCAGUAUGUCGCCGUUCCCUUUCGCGCUUAGCAGCUAACCGCUUACCUCUGUAUAGACGGCUUUGUCCAGUUAGCUCACCAUGUACGUCGGUUGACUUGAGAGGCAGAGAGGAGUUGACCAUGAUGAUGGGGUUUGAGUUUGGUGAAGAACAGCGGGUAAGACAAAAACAGAAGCCAAAAAAAUAAAAUAAACAAGUAAAUAACAGGGUGAGAAUGUGGUAAAAAUCAGACGAUGGCUCUUCUUUUUCUGAAUUGCUUUUUAAAUUUGUCGGUUGGGUUUAGGGAAGUGGGUGGGCGGGUCAAUCU